UGGCGACGAAAAGUGACAUCAUCAGUAAGGGACACUGUUGUCAGUCUUGCUAUGCGGGGACCGGUUUGAUAUUAAAUUUGACUUGUUGUAACCUUUUCCCCUUCUAAUUUUGACUGCGUAACUUUAAAAUGGCUGAUUACUGGAAGUCACAACCAAGGAAAUUCUGCCAAUACUGCAAGUGCUGGAUAGCGGAUAACAAGCCCAGCGUCGAGUUCCACGAAAGAGGAAAGAAUCACAAAGAAAAUGUGGCUGCCAAGAUUGCAGAGAUCAAGAAGAAGAGCAUUGCAAAGGCAAAGCAGGAGAAGCGCAUGUCCAAAGAGUUUGCAGCGAUGGAGGAAGCAGCGCAGAAAGCCUACGAGGAGGAUGUGAAGAGGAUGGAAAGAGAAUCUCAAGGAAAGAGUUCACCUGUACGAACAACCCCGCAGCCACAACUUCAAGUGAGAAUUCAGCCUCAAGUGAGAAUUCAGCCUCAAGGAAAAAGUCAACCUAAUAAACAGCAGAAGCAGCGAGGGAAAGCGAGCAGGAAGACCAGAGCUCCAAUACGAACACAGGUUUGGGUUGAAGGCCUGACAGACGACGGACACCCGUACUACUACAACACCACAACAGGAGAGUCUCGGUGGGAAAAACCUACAGAUUUCCAGAGUGAAGCUUCAACUUCUGCUCCAUUUGAACAGCCAGAGGUAAAAUAUUUGACUAUUUGUGAAGCUUUUCAUUGUGUUCUGUCAUUUUCACCAAUGUUGCUUUUUGUUCUGAAGAGUUCUUCAGGUUCUGCUUGGAUGGAAGCCGUCAGUCCUGAUGGCUACACGUAUUACUACAACUCGGAGACAGGAGAGUCCAGCUGGGAGAAGCCAGCAGAUUUACCUUCUGAUGAGGCGUCUGGAGCCAACAAAGAGGAGGAGAGCCAAGAGGAGCCAGGCGCUCCUGAGCCGGAGCCGCUUUCUGGAGGAGAGGAGAGCUCCGGCGGAGUGCCUCAGGAGGAACAAGCCCCGGAGCAAACCAGUCAGAACCCUCAAGUCACAAAAAUCUGCUUCAGGAAAAGAAAAUUUGAAGACGGGCCCUCGGAAAAACAGGGAGAAGAGGAUAAACUUGGUGAUGAUGCUCCAAAGGAGGAAGAGAAAGAGACAAAAAUGGAGGAAGAAGUCCAGAAAACGGUAGCCGAACCAGAGAAGACGGAGGAAAAAGUGACACAGGUGCAGCUAAAAAUAAGAAAACCAAGACCCGCCAAUCCGUACGGAGUAUGGGAAAAGAUCAAACAGGAAGUGGAUCCAUAUUCAAAAGUGGACCUACAGCUGCCGCAGGUGGAGGAGACCCCAGCUCCGCAGGAACUACCGCCGGAACCGAAGCCCAAGUUUAAGGAACGAGUCAUCACCUCGCUCGGGGAGGAGAGCGGACCAGCGUCGUUUAGGAGAAACAAAACUCAGAACGGCAAAUCCAGAAGCCUCAGACAGAGAGACGACGACAACUGAGCCGUAAAAACAAAUAAACUCUUUCUGAUGCCUUUUCACUAACUUUCUGAUCUACGUAACAUUUUUCUAUGUCCAGGUCUGUUUAUUGAACUAGUUGUAAAUAAAGUUGCGGGACAUUUUUGUGCAAAGAAUUAUUAAAAAUUUGAGCUCAAUAAACGGCUGUGCUGAAACUGA